CUCUGAUUGCCUCGAACUCAAGCUCUGCUUCGAUCAAUACCAGUUCAAAGGGUUUCAACAGUUUGUUAAAGAUCACUUUGAAGGUAAAGGCUCCCAAGAUGGACAACAUUGUAGAUGCUUUAAAUAAUGCAUACCAGGAGUUUGUUGCUGCAGCAGCUGGCAUGCUUGAAGCUAAGGAGAGUUCCGGUGGCCAGAAAACAGCAGUUACUGUUGCUGCUCUAGAAAACUUUAAGCAGUGUCAAGAACUGUUCAGAGUGGCUUGUGAUCAAGCUGAAGAGUUCGUGGAGUCUGUGAAGCAAAGGGUAGGGUCGGAGUGCCUGGUUGAUGAAGCCACUGGCUCGGUGACUGGAAAGCCAGGGCAGGCUGUCACAACUGGUCUUCCGCCUAUCAGUGCAGUUAGGUUGGAACAGAUGAGUAAAGCGGUCCGGUGGCUGGUGAUUGAACUUCAACAGGGUUCUGGAACUGCUGGAGGUUCAUCGCAUCCCCAUCCUUCUGCACCUUUUGAUGCUAGAUUUUCUGAGGAUGCAGCUCAAUAGAUAUCUGUUUCCAGGGCAAGAGGAUGCUGGCCAUAGGAAGUCCAUUGAUACAUUUGGACAGAGGACUUCACAGUAUAGAGGUGUCACAAGGCAUAGAUGGACUGGUAGAUAUGAAGCCCAUCUAUGGGACAACAGUUGUAAGAAAGUUGGAAAAUGCAGGAAAGUGAAGGUAUGUGUACAAAAUUCCAGCGGGCAGCGAAGGCAAGGUUGCCGGCCGGCUGCCCGCCGGUGAGAAAACAAAAUACGGGCCUAAAUCUUAUGGCUCUGAUACCAUG